AUGGACGAAGACAAAGAAAGAAACAAAUUCCUCUCAUUCCACGUUGGCAGAGCAGAGAAUCGAACCCCGGACUACCAAAUUGUCGAAAUACCGAGAGUCAGUUUUCUGGGAGUCAAAAUACCAGUAGUCGAAAUACCGGGAAUCGAAAUACCGGUAGUCGAAAAACCGGUAGUCGAAAUACCGGUAAUCGUAAUACCGGGAGUCAAAAUACCGUUCUGGCAGUCAAAAUACCGAAUAUCGGUAGUGAAAAUACCGGGAGUCAAAAUACCGGGAGUCAAAAUGCCUGUUGUCAAAAUACCGGUAAUGAAAAUACCGGGAGUCGAAACACCGGUAAUCCAAAUACCGGUAGUCAAAAUAACAGGAGUCAGAAUGCCUGUUGUCAAUACCGGAGCCGAAAUACCGGUAAUCAAAAUACCUGAAAUAGAAAUACCGGAAAUAAAAAUACCCGGAGCCGAAAUACCGGGAGUCAAAUACAGGACCUGUUGCAUGACAGUCCUGCCUACCCACGGCAACAAACAAAGCAAGAUCUGGAAAACCUUGGCACACCAUCAUAUAAUUUCCCAGGCCCCUACCCCGUCCACCAAAAUACCCACCUGUCUGUGUUGCUUUUGCAGAACAGCCUUCGUCAGCAUAAAGAAACACCAAGGGAACUCUCACUUCCUCAACAUGCAAACGCUAGACUCCAAAUAUCGAGAUAAUGACAUGUCCGGCCAUGCAUGUGUCCCCUUUCGUGCAAUCAGUGGCGAUGAAUUACAGUCAUCGAGGAAAUGA